UUUGGCAACAACGUACGCUUUGCAAGCCUCCUCCAGUUCCAAGGUGUUGGUUUUUGUUAAUAUGCGCCGCUUGGUGUUAAACAACGACAUUUCCACCCCAAAAGUAGUUCUCUGCGAUUAACAGUUAGUAGAUUUUCUUUUAAUACUGACUGUAAACUGCCCAGACGAAGAAGAGGUGGGGUGGGGAGAGAAGAUGCCUCCAAAUGCUGAAGAUGUGCGCAAGAAGUUCAUCCUCGCCACGGUGGAGAACUUCUUUGGCCUGGGGUCAUCGUGGACCCAAGCUGUGGGGGCUCUCACUGGGGCACAGGAAAUGGAUAACUUUCUGGAUGAUGUCAGUGAAUUUGUCCUGUCUGUGAACAAGUCUGGAGCAGAGCUGCAGGUGUCCAACAAGAUUGAUUCCGGUGGCAGUGAAGACAAAGUUCUGGUGUUUUUCAAGUUGAGGCCCACUGUGAUCACAGAGGAGAACGUUCACUGCAGCAUCCUGGUCUCGUCCAUGCUGGAGUCCCCCAUCACCACACUGUAUCAGACCCUGCGGCAGGUGUUUGCGCCUGUCCUUCUGAAGGAUGAGAAGUGGAGCAAGACCUUUGAUCCCAAGCUCCAGAACCUGUUGAAUGACUUAGAAGCGGGUCUGGGUGCAGUAGUUAGACAAUCAGACUCAGUGGAGGUGGGAAAGAAGCGUUUGAGAGAAGAUUACUUCCUGGGUGUCCUGACCCCUGCUGAUGAGUAUGAGUACUGGGCGGAUGUCUCAGCCGCAGGACGGAAGACGGCGGUCAGUGACAGGGCGGCUCAUUUCUCUGAGCUGCUUCAGCCCUUGGCUAAGGACUACAGCAGUCUGGAGAGUGUAGCCCUAAAUGAUGCAUUGGAGCUGGUGGAGGUCACUCGUGAGGUGGUGGAUGAUAUCUGGAGGCAGACUGAUCAUGAGCCUUACCCUGAGGCUCGCAUGCGGCAUCUACUGGAUGUGAUCGGCCGGGCUCUGUGCAGUUAUGUUCAGAAGAAGCUGAGCAUGCUGAAGUUGUGGGAGGAUCCUUUCCUCAACGUGAAGGAUUGUCUGCAGGCAGGCGUUGCCACCUGUGAUCACUGGGUGGGGGUCUGUGAGCAAACGACGGGCCAACAAUGGAAGCGGUACACGCCUCAUGAGUGGAGGGGUGAGAAGCAUCACCCCCAGCUGCUUCUGAGCCUGGCAAACCGGCUCAAAGAGAUUUUGACGAUCCGCACGGUCCGUGAGAAACUGCACCGGCUGCUGCCCCCCAGCAGACAGCCACUGCUCUCCCCGGGCCACGCGUUCCAACCGUUCUCUGGCCUCAGGCCGCUGCUGUACAACUCCUACACUGAGCCUCUGUGGAAAGCAGCCGUCUUACAAUUUGACCGUUCCAUCGCAGCAGCUGAGCAGGAGGUGGCCUCCAGAUUGAAGGCCUGGAUUGGAGAUGUCCAAGACAACCCUCAGCAGCUCCUCCAAGCUUUUCAGAAAUACCAGGAGCUUAUAAAGAGGCCUAACAUCAGGAAGGACCUCCUGUCUGAGAGGGAGACCUUACUUGCCAAACUGCUUGACUAUGUUAAGGGACUGCGCACUGAUUUUGAGGCACGUUGCCAUGGCGCUCCUGGGGAGAAGACUGGCCCCCUGGCAGGGAAGAAUCUGCCAGAGGUGGUGAACAGCAUCGUGUGGGUUCGACAGUUGCUCCUUAAGGUGGACGACUCCGUUCGCAUAGCGGAGGCCCUACUCUCUGACCUGUCUGGCUACCCCUCCUUGGUGAGGCUUUCCAGCGACCUUCAGGAACAGCUGCGCGUCUACGAACAGGAGCAGUUCACCUCCUGGUCACGGGAGAUCCAGACCGGCCUCUCUGACCCCAAGUCUGGCAUCAGCCUGCAGGCCAGUAACCGCGUAAUGGAGCUGGACCACGCCGACGGCAAGCUGAAGAUUCAGUACUCGGACCGGCUGGUGACCCUUCUCAAAGAGGUCCGCCAGCUCUCGGCUCUGGGCUUCACCAUCCCUGCCAAGAUCCAGCAGGUCGCCAACACUGCCGAUAGGUUCUACAGACAGGCCCUCGUCCUCAAGCAGGUGGCUCAUUUUUACAACACAAUAGACCAACAGAUGAUUCCGUCCCAAAGGCCAAUGAUGUUGAACUAUGCUCUCGCUUUCGAACAAGUGAUCAAGCAGAAUCCAAAGUCCCACUCACGGGAAUCGGGGGGCAGGCUUCAGAUCACCUGGGACAACCCCAAGGAACUGGAGCUGUACAUCAACAAGCUACAAACUGCGGCCGAGCGCCUCUCCAUGGAGAAUCGGAAACUGAGGAGGUGGCACACGGACUUCACAGAGAAGGUGAUGACGCUGAUGAACAUUGACCUGUUACGGCACCAGCAGCAGUGGAAGGACGGCCUGCAGGACCUACGCACUGGGUUUGCCACUCUGGAGGCCCAGGGCUUCCGUCCGGGAGACAUGCGAGCCUGGAGACAGCACUGGAACCACCAGCUGUACAAGGCCCUGGAGCACCAGUACCAGGCUGGCCUGGAGGCCCUCAGCAGGAACCUACCCGAGAUCCACAUGGACCUCACCUUCAAACAGGGGAGGCUGCAAUUCAGACCACCAUUUGAGGAAGUGAGAGCCAAGUACCUCAGGGAGGUUAAAAGGUUUAUUUCCAUCCCCAACCAGUUUAAGGGCAUCACUGAAGUAGGGGAGGAGCCUAUUUUUUCCAUAAUGAUUGACCGGAAUGCCAGCGGCUUCGUCACCAUCUUCAGCAAGGCGGAGGACCUCUUCGCCAGGCUCACACAAGUGCAGGACAAGUUCAAGGAGUGGGUGGUGCUGGGCCAGGUGGAUGUCGAUGGCCUGGUGCAGAAACACCUCCACACCGUGCACGACUGGGAGAGUAACUUCAGGGCCUUGAAGACGAGAGGAAAGGAGUCUGAGCGACUGCCUAGCACUGAACGAGUGGACUGUUUAACCAUCAAUUGCGAGCCUGUGAAGGCUGCUAUUGACGAUUUGAUCCAGAGGCUGUUUGACGCUCUUCUUAUGUCUCUGAGGAAAUCUGUGCAGGGUCACAUGCAGGACAUCGACAGCUUCAUCACGCAAGCCAUGGAGACGCUGUCCGUCCGGCCGGAAAGCAUCGACGAGAUAGCGGAGGCCAACCUUAAGCAUGGACAACUUCUCGGCGGGAAACCAGAAAUACUGCCGCAGUUCCAGGAGGUGGAGGACAAGAACAGAUUGCUGCGCACGGUGGCGGGCGGGGGCCUCGACUCCAUCGGGGCCCUGAGGGCUAAAUGGGACAAAUUCGAGCUCAUGAUGGAGAGUCACCAGCUGAUGAUAGGAGAGCAGGUGGAGGUCAUGAAGUCCAACGUGCAGACUCGAAUCCAGGCCUACCAGCAAGACCUGGAGAAGUUCCGUGCUCGCUGGGAUCAGCUAAAGCCCACUGAUGAUGUCAUUGAGUCAGGUGAUCUGGAGGCCCUUGAGAAGUGUGUCCAGACCAUCAAGGACAAGAAGGCUGAAUUUGAUGAGCUGGAGACCACUCGGAAAAAGCUCACUGAGGACUGUUGCAGUUUUAACUUGGACCCACCUGACUUCUCACUGGCACUUGAAACUAUGAAGGACAUGGAAGAUUUGUCAGAAAUGUGGUCACUUUAUGAGGAAUUUCAGAGUGGCCUUUGGGAGAUGGCCAAGGAAGACUGGAUCACAUUCAGGAGUAAAACAUACGUCUUUGAGGAGUUCCUGUUUACAUGGCACGACAGGCUGCGGAAGCUCAGCGAUCACACCAGUAUGACAGUUAAACUCCAGCAGGAGGUUGACAAAUACAAGAUGCUGGGUCCGGUUCUGAAGUACGUGCGGGGUGAGCAGCUCUCACAGGAUCAUUGGCUAGACCUGUUCCGCCUGCUAGGGCUUCCACGGGGUACCAUGCUAGAGCGGCUGCUCUUUGCUGACCUUCUGAAGGUCACACAUGCUAUAGUGGAGAAAGCUCUUGAUCUGAAGGAUCUGAACAACCGCGCGCAGGCUGAGGUGAGCAUCCGAGAAGCCCUGCGGGAGCUGGAUCUGUGGGGAGCUGGGGCCUCCUUCACCCUGACUGACUACGUAGACAGCCAGGGCAGGACCACCAAGCUCAUCAAGGACUGGAAGGACACCGUGAACCAGGUGGGCGACAACCGCUGCCUGCUGCAGUCCCUGAAGGACUCGCCGUACUACAAGGGCUUCGCAGACAAGGUGACGCUGUGGGAGAUCCGGCUAGCUGACCUGGACGAGUGCCUGCACAACCUCAACGCCAUCCAGAGGAAGUGGGUCUACCUGGAGCCCAUCUUUGGCCGCGGCUCGCUCCCCAGAGAGCAGGCUCGCUUCAUGAGGGUGGACGAAGACUUCCGAUCCAUCAUGGCGGACACUGAGAGAGACUGCAGAGUGACGUCUCUGGCAGCUCGCGUUGGGGUUCGAAACUCUCUCAUAACCAUCCUCGACCAGCUGCAGAGGUUCCAAAAGUCCCUCAAUGAAUUCCUAGAGGAUAAGCGCAUGGUCUUCCCCCGAUUCUACUUCAUCGGCGAUGACGACCUGCUGGAGAUCCUGGGACAGGCCACCAACCCCUCGGUUAUCCAGUCACAUCUCAAAAAGCUGUUUGCUGGAAUCAACAGUGUGGAGUUUGACAAGAGCUUUGAGAACAUUACAGCCAUGAGGUCCCUGGAGGGUGAGGUGGUCUCCCUGAGGAGCACAGUCCGCAUCUCUGACGCUGUGGAGGUCUGGUUAAACAAUCUCUCCACUGAGAUGAAGGUGACCCUGAAGCAUCUUCUCUGCGAGUGCGUCACUGCGGGCAAAAGAGGCGAGCUGGAUCCAGCGCGCUACCCAACCCAGAUCCUGUGCCUGGCCGAGCAGAUCCAGUUCACGGAGGAGGUGGAGAGCGCCAUCCGCAGACAGGGCCUGCAGCAGCUGGAGGUGGAGCUGAUGGCCAAACUGGCACACUACACCAGUGCGGAGAGCGCAGAGGCCAGCGUGCUGCAGCUGACGCUGAAGGCACUCAUUCUGGACGUGAUCCACAACCUUGAGGUGGUGAAGCAGCUCAUGGAGCAGCAGGUUCAUAGCCCUGAGGCCUGGGCCUGGCAGAAGCAGCUCCGCUUCUACCUGCGUCCGGACGGCGUCUGCCACAUCCGCAUGGUGGACGCCGAGUUCCUCUACACCUAUGAGUACCAGGGCAACGCGGCCAAGCUGGUGCACACACCACUCACUGAUAAGUGCUACCUCACCCUCACCCAAGCCAUGAAGACGGGUCUGGGGGGUAACCCCUAUGGGCCGGCUGGUACCGGCAAGACGGAGUCGGUCAAGGCGCUCGGUGGGCUGUUCGGCAGACAGGUCCUGGUGUUUAACUGUGACGAGGGCAUUGACGUCCGGUCGAUGGGCCGAAUCUUCGUGGGGCUCGUCAAGUGUGGAGCGUGGGGCUGCUUCGACGAGUUCAACCGGCUGGAGGAGGCCGUGCUGUCGGCAGUGUCCAUGCAGGUGCAGGCCAUCCAGGACUCGCUGAAGAACCAGCGCAGCACCUGCGAGCUCCUCGGCAGGGAGGUGGAUCUGGAUCCCAACUCGGGCGUCUUCAUCACACUGAACCCGGCAGGCAAGGGCUACGGUGGACGGCAGAAGCUGCCCGAUAACCUGAAGCAGCUGUUCCGGCCCGUGGCCAUGACUCGGCCAGACAACGAGCUCAUUGCCGAGGUGAUCCUGCACUCUGAAGGCUUCCGCGACGGCCGGACGCUGGGUCGCAAGCUGGCGGCCAUCUUCACGCUGUGCAGGGAGCUGCUGACCCCCCAGCAGCACUAUGACUGGGGGCUGCGAGCGCUGAAGACCGUGCUGCGUGGGAGCGGCAACCUGCUGCAGCAGUACCGCAGGAGCCGGCCUGGCGAGCAGGUGACGGAGAGUCACAUCGUGGUUCAGGCUCUGAGACUGAACACCAUGUCCAAGCUGACGUUCGCGGACAGCGUGCGCUUCGACGCCCUGGUGCGUGACGUCUUCCCUGGCGUUGACUUCAGGGACGUGGAGUACGAGGCGCUCGGCGCCGCCCUGGUGGCCGUGUUGGAGGAGGCCGGGCUGGAGACCAUUCCUAGCCAGGUGAAGAAGGCCCAGGAGCUGUACGAGCAGCUGCGCCAGCGCAUGGGUGUGGUCGUGGUCGGCCCCAGCGGUGCCGGGAAGUCCACGCUGUGGCGCAUGCUGCGAGCUGCGCUGAUGCGCCUGGGCCUUCCCGUCAGGCAGUACACCGUCAACCCCAAGGCCAUGCCACGGCGACAGCUGCUGGGCCACAUCGACAUGGACACGCGCGAGUGGUCAGACGGGGUCCUCACUCACAGCGCCCGGCAGGUGGUCCGCGAGCCCCCAGAGGUCAGCUCAUGGAUUAUCUGUGACGGAGACAUCGACCCUGAGUGGAUCGAGUCUCUCAACUCGGUGCUGGACGACAAUCGACUCCUCACCAUGCCCAGCGGCGAGCGCAUCCAGUUUGGACCCAACGUCAACUUCCUGUUCGAGACCCACGACCUGAGCUGUGCCUCACCAGCCACCGUGUCCCGCAUGGGCGUGAUCUUCCUCAGUGAUGAGGACACCGAUGUGAGAGCCCUGGUGAAGUCCUGGCUGCGGACUCAGCCUGACGACUGCCGGAAUCAGCUAGAAAACUGGAUCGGAGACUAUUUUGAGAAGAGCCUGGACUGGGUGUUAAAGCAGAACGACUUUGUGGUGGAGACCAGCCUGGUGGGCACGGUGCUCAGUGGCCUGUCCCAUUUGAACGCCAUCCGAGAGCGCGGGCAAUUCGUGGUCAGCCUCAUCCAUGGGCUGGGGGGGAACCUCAACCUCAAGUCCAGGCAGGAGUUUGCCAAGGAGGUGCUGGCCUGGGCCAGGGAGAGCCCGCCGGACCCUCGGAGACCCCUGGACACGUUCUUCGACACGUCUUCGGGCAGGCUGGCUGCGUAUGAGCUGCUGCGUCCCGAUGGCCUGUCUGUGGAGGACCUGAGCGACCCUCAAGCACCGCCGCUGAUCCAGACCCCGGACACACAGAGGGGACACGACGGUUUCUGGCCGUGGCUCCAGAGCAGCAGCCGGCAGCCCUUCCUGCUGGUGGGGCCGGAGGGCUGUGGAAAGAGCAUGCUGCUGCGCCAAGCCUUCUGCCAGUUGCGCUCCACCCAGGUGGCCACGGUGCACUGCAGCGCCCAGACGACAUCCGCCCACGUGCUGCAGACGCUCUCCCAUACCUGCCUGGCCAUCAGCUCCAACACGGGCCGCGUGUACCGGCCCCGCGACUGCGAGCGGCUCGUCCUCUACCUCAAAGACGUCAACCUGCCCAAGCCUGACAAAUGGGGCACCAGCAACCUCAUCGCAUUUCUGCAGCAGGUACUGACAUACCAUGGGUUCUACGAUGAGAACCUGGAGUGGGUGGGUCUGGAGAACAUCCAGAUUGUGGCCUCCAUGUCACCAGGGGGCACUGUUGGUAGACAUGUUCUCUCAUCUAGAUUCACAUCAAUAGUGCGCAUCUGUACCAUCGAUUACCCGGACAGGGAGCAGCUGCAGACCAUCUACAGUGCCUACCUCCUGCCCGUGCUGCAGAAGAGCUUAGGGGAGCUCUCGGCCUGGGGCUCACCGGGCAAAGCUCACCAGCUGGCUGGCUCUCUGGUGCAAGUGUACGAGCAGGUUAAAUCCAGGUUUACGGUGGAUGAUCACAGCCACUACCUCUUCACGCCGUGUGAUCUUACCCAGUGGGUACUUAGCCUGCUGAGAUACGACCUGAGCACAGGUGGGUCACAUGAACCCGCAGACGCGCUGCUGGAGGUCGUCGCCUAUGAGGCGCGCCGCCUGUUCAGGGAUCGCAUCGUGGCCCCCAAGGACCUCUCCGCCUUCGAUAACAUCCUGCAGGCUGUUGUUCGGGGUGACUGGGGCACCGACGCCCUCGACAACAUGGCCGACACCUUCUACGUGACGUGGGGGGCUGCGCAUGAGGCCAGAUCUGUUACAGCACCUGGUCAGCCCCUCCCGCCACAUGGCAGGCCGCUGGGCCGGCUGAACUCGGCAGACCUGAAGGAGGUCAUUCAUAAGGGUGUGGUCCAGUAUAGCAGGGACAAUCGUGAGCUGCACCUGCUUCUCUUCCAUGAGGUCCUGGAGCUCAUGUCCCGUGUGGACCGGGUUCUCAGCCGGCCUGGGGGGUCCCUGCUGCUGGCGGGCCGCUGCGGGGUGGGGCGCCGUACCGCCGCCUCCGUCAUCAGCCACAUGCAUGGUGCCGCCCUCCUGACCCCCAAGAUCGCCCGGGGAUAUGGCCUCAAGCAGUUCAAGGCUGACCUGAAAAGCGUGAUGCAGCAGGCCGGCGUCGAGGGCCAUCAAGUGGUCCUGCUUCUGGAAGAUUACCAGUUUGUGCACCCCUCGUUCCUGGAGAUGGUGAACAGCUUACUGUCAUCUGGUGAGGUCCCCGGGCUGUACACCACUGAAGAGCUGGAGCCUCUCAUGUCCCCCCUGAAGGACCAGGCCUCCCAAGACGGCUUCACCGGCCCCAUAUUCAGCUACUUCUCACAUAGAGUUCAGCAGAACCUGCAUGUGGUGCUGAUCAUGGACUGCAGCAGCCCAAGCUUCACCAUCAACUGCGAGAGCAACCCGGCCCUGUACCGCAAGUGCUGUGUGCAGUGGCUGGAGGGCUGGUCUGAGAGCUCCAUGAAGAAGAUCCCUGAGAUGUUUCUGCAUAAGGCCUUCGGGGAUGAACAGGAGUGCAGUGAGAAGGAGAGCAGGAGAAAGCUCACAGCACACGCUGGCCUCUUCUCCUCCUUCCUGGCCAUCCAUGCAUCCUGUAAGCAGUACGGAGCCACACCCAGCCACUACCUGGCCUUCCUGCAUGCCUGCAGCGCCAUCUACAGCAGAAAGCAGGCGGCGCUCACAGAGAGGCAGCGCCACCUACAGGCCGGCGUGUCAAAGUUGAACGAGGCAAAGACCCUUGUGGACGAGCUUAAGGGGAAGGCAGCCGAACAGAGCUCGCUCCUGAGGACCAAGCAGGCCGAGGCGGACGCUGCACUGCACGAGAUCACCGCCUCCAUGCAGAACGCCAGCGACCAGAAGAACGAGAUGGAGAAGAUCAAAGUGAGGAUAGCCGAUGAAGCAGCGAAGAUCGAGGAGAGGAAGAGGAAGAUUGACGACGAGUUGAAGGAGGUGCAGCCCCUGGUGGACGAGGCCAAGCAAGCCGUAGGCAACAUCAAGCCUGAGGCGCUGUCGGAGAUUCGGUCGCUGCGCAUGCCCCCUGACAUCAUCCGCGACAUCCUCGAGGGAGUGCUGAGGCUCAUGGGUAUUUUUGACACCUCGUGGGUGAGCAUGAAGAGUUUCCUGGCUAAGAGGGGCGUGAGGGAGGAUAUCGCCACGUUCGAUGCUCGGAACAUAACAUACGAGAUCCGCGAAAGCGUCGAGGAGCUGCUGCACCGCAACAGAGCCUCAUUCGACCCCAAGAAUGCAAAACGCGCCAGUGCGGCAGCUGCACCUCUCGCCGCCUGGGUAAAGGCCAACGUACAGUACUCCCGUGUCCUAGAGCGCAUCCAGCCCCUGGAGAAGGAGCAGGCCGGUCUCAUGGAAAACCUGAGGAAAACUGAGGGCAGGAAGAACAAACUGGAGGAUCAGCUGAGUUCUGUGGGCAAGAAAGUCAAUGAGCUGAAGGAGAGGUUCCAGGCUCGCACGGCUGAGGCGGCCAAACUGGAGGCAGAGGUGAGCCUGGCCCAGGACACCAUCCGGGCUGCAGAGAAGCUCGUCCACCAGCUGGACAGUGAGAACACUCGCUGGAACGCCCAGGUGGCGGAGAUAACGGACGAGCUGGGCAGCCUGCCGCGGAGAGCCCAGCUGUCCGCGGCGUUCAUCACCUACCUUCCCGCUGCUCCCGAGGACCGCCGCAAGGCCAGCCUGGACGAGUGGAUCGAGGCAUCAGGCCUUCAAAGGUUUGACCUGAGGCACUUCCUGUGUUCGGAGAGCGAGCAGCUGAUCUGGAAGAGUGAGGGUCUGCCCUCAGAUGACCUGUCCAUGGAGAACGCACUGGUCAUCCUGCAGAUCAAUGACCUGAAGUUAAGGAGCUGUGCCUGUCCCUUCCUUGUCGACCCAUCAUCCCGGGCCACCGAGUGGCUGCAAGCUCACCUGAGGGAGUCCCGCUUGGAGGUGAUCAGCCAGCAGGACUCCAACUUCAUGACGUCCCUGGAACUAGCAGUGCGUUUCGGGAAGACGCUGAUCAUCCAGGAGAUGGACGGGGUGGAGCCAGUGCUGUACCCGCUUCUGAGACGCGACCUCAUCGCUCAGGGUCCUCGCUAUGUGGUCCAGAUUGGGGACAAAGUCGUCGAUUACAACGAGGAAUUCCGCCUGUUUCUGGCCACUCGCAAUCCUAGUCCCCUCAUUCCCCCGGACGCCGCCUCUGUGGUGACCGAAGUCAACUUCACAAGCACCCGCGCUGGCCUCCGGGGACAGCUGCUGGCACUGACCAUUCAGCAGGAGAAGCCAGACUUAGAGACAGAGAAAACCAGGCUCCUGCAGCAGGAGGAGGACAAGAAGAUCCAGCUGGCCAUGCUGGAGGAGUCCCUGCUGGAGACUCUGGCCACAGCGCAGGGCAACAUCUUGGAAAACAAGGAGCUCAUCGAGUCUCUGAACCAGACCAAGUCCAGCAGCGCCCUGAUCCAGGAGGCCCUGGCCGAGUCCCACCGACUGCAGGUCUCACUCGAUCAGGAACGAGAUGCCUAUCUCCCAUUAGCGGAGCUCGCCAGCACGAUGUACUUCGUCAUAACCGACCUCUCCAAAAUUAAUAACAUGUACCGCUUCAGCCUGGCCGCCUUUCUCAGGAUCUUCCAGCGGGCCUUGCAGAGCAAGAAGGAGUCAGAAAGCACGGAGGGCCGCAUCUCUUCCCUGGUCGUACGCUUGAAGAGCAUGGUGUACGAGUAUGUCUGCCGCUCCCUCUUCAAGGCGGACCGGCUCGUGUUCGCUCUGCACUUCAUCCGAGGGCUGCAUCCAGAGCUCUUCCAGGAGAACGAAUGGGACACCUUCACGGGGUUGAUCGUUGGAGACACACUCAGGAAGGGGGACUUGCAGGCGUCCGCGAGAGAGCAUGUCCCAUCCUGGAUUGAUCAGGAGCGGCAGGCCGCCGCCACGCUGCUCAGGGGCACGUUCCUGGGCCUCUACCAGAUGCUGUGCCUGAGCAACGUGGACCUCUGGCUCACCUUCUCCCGCAGCUCUUGCUGUGAGCAGGAUUUUCCUCCUUCCAUUGGCAAGAAGAUCACUCCUUUCCAGCAGCUCCUGGUGGUGCAGGCCCUCCGGCCGGACCGGCUACAGAGCGCGAUGAGUCUGUUUGCAUCGCAGGCUCUGGGCAUGACGGAACUCUCCCUGCCACCGCUGAAUCUGAAGCGUCUGUAUCAGGAGACCCUGGAGAUGGAGCCCGUCCUCAUAAUUAUCUCGCCGGGAGCUGACCCAUCCCAGGAACUGCUGGAGCUGGCUGGGGAGACGGUGGGCCGCGACAGCUACCAUGAGCUGGCUAUGGGUCAGGGCCAGGCCGACGUCGCUGUCCAGACCCUCAAGGAGUGCGCUCGUAAUGGAGAGUGGUUGUGUCUCAAGAACUUGCACCUCGUCACCGCCUGGCUCCCCCUACUGGAGAAGGAGCUCAACGUUCUUCGACCCAAAGCCGGGUUCCGCCUGUGGCUCACAGCUGAAGUGCACGCCAGGUUCUCCCCCAUCCUGCUGCAGAGCAGCCUGAAGGUCACGUACGAGGCCCCCCCCGGCUUGAAGAAGAACCUCAUGAGGACUUACGAGUCGUGGAGCCCAGAGCAGAUCAGUAAGGGGGGCUCGGUGGUGCGAGCUCAGACUCUCUUCGGCCUCGCCUGGUUCCACGCCGUGUGCCAGGAGCGCCGAAACUACAUCCCCCAGGGCUGGACAAAAUUCUACGAAUUCUCUUUGUCUGAUCUACGCGCCGGGUUCGAGAUCAUCGACAGGCUUUUCGAAGGAGCCAAAGACGUCCAGUGGGAGUUUGUACGAGGGAUUCUGGAGAACGCCGUCUACGGCGGCCUCGUCGACACGUACGACCAGCGUGUCCUACGCUCUUACCUGGAGCAGUUCUUCAGCGCCCGCCUCGGCUCUAAGGCAGCAGCAGCCUUCCCAGCGCAGAUCAGCCUGCCCAGCACCUGCAGUGUCCAGGAUUACCGAGGUGCCAUCAACCUCCCCGAGGACGACCGGCCUGCGUUCUUCGGCCUGCCGGCCAACAUUGAGCGCUCGGCUCAGCGCAUCUGCAGCUCCCAGGUCAUUUCCCAGCUCCGAGUUCUCAGCCGCUCCGUAACGGCUGGCUCCAAGUUCGAUCGGGAGCUGUGGUCCAACAGCCUGUCCCCUGUGCUGAACCUGUGGAAGAAGCUGAACCAGGGCUCGUCCCUCAUCCACCAGAAGGUAGCGCCACCGAGUGAGAGCCAGGGGUCCCCAGUGCUGUCCUUCAUUGUCCUCGAGCAGUUCAAUGCCAUCCGCCUGGUCCAGAGCAUCCAUCAGUCGCUGGCAGCACUCAGCAGGGUGAUCCGCGGCACCUCCCUGCUGACGGCCCAUGUGCAGAAGCUGGCAACGGCGCUACUCAACCAGGAGUGCCCCCAGAGCUGGCAGAGCAAAUGGGAGGGGCCGGAGGACCCCAUGCAGUACCUGAGGGCCGUGGUGAGCCGUGCACUGGCCAUACAGGCCUGGGUGCAGAGGGCGGAGAGACAGACCCUCACGAUGGAUACCCUGGACCUUUCGGAGCUCCUCCACCCCGACACCUUCCUAAACGCGCUGCGGCAGGAGACCGCUAGGGCCCUGGGCUGCUCUAUGGACAGCCUGAAGUUCGUAACAUCAUGGAAGAGCCGGAUUCCAGGGGCUAACCUGCAAGUGAAGGUGGAUGGAUUGAAGCUGGAGGGCUGCAGUUUCGACGGGACGCAGCUGAGCGAGAACCAGCAUGACUCCCCCAGCGAGUCGGCAGUGCCAUCCUGCUGCAUGGCCUGGAUUCCGCAGAGUGCCAGCGCCUGCUUCAGCCCGGAGGAGAGCAUCUCUCUGCCCCUGUAUGCCAGCGCUGAGCGUACGCGUGUCGUCACCAGCAUCCAGCUGCCCUGCGCAGGCAGCCCUGACCGCUGGAUCCAGACGGGGGCCGCCCUCUUCCUCACGCAGCAGUGAGGGCGGGGCUUCCAGGCAGCCAAUGGGAGCGCCCAAACUCCCGCUAGACCAGUGGCAGGCAGGCAGGCAGGCUGUGUGAGUAUGCAGUGAGUGCAUCAGGACCACAUACUCAUCUGUCAGUGCAAAUAUUUAUAAUGCAGCUCCUGAAUGUUACUGAUCUAACACUAUAAAUAUGAAGAGUUUUCAAUGUAUUUUGUGAUUCUUUUCAUUUUAAUUAAGUUUCCAAUAAAUAUUUCCAAAAGCAAGAA